AUGGAAGCGAAAUUAGCCGAAUUUCGUAAAUCCAAUUCCUCAAAACAACCCUUGAUCAAUUGGCAUCGAGUCAUAUCACGUGUUACAUCAAUGUUUCCCUCUUUAUCAUAUCGAUCAUCGGAAGUAAAAGCGGAAGAAAUUGAAGAAAAAGUCACUUGGCAAAUAAUUCUUUUGAAAUUUUUCGUUUGGUUAACUUUAUUUGUUAUUUUUAUUCGUCUUGAAUUCGGUGCGAUUUAUUUUAUUUUAUCUCUUUNCAAUUCCUCAAAACAACCCUUGAUCAAUUGGCAUCGAGUCAUAUCACGUGUUACAUCAAUGUUUCCCUCUUUAUCAUAUCGAUCAUCGGAAGUAAAAGCGGAAGAAAUUGAAGAAAAAGUCACUUGGCAAAUAAUUCUUUUGAAAUUUUUCGUUUGGUUAACUUUAUUUGUUAUUUUUAUUCGUCUUGAAUUCGGUGCGAUUUAUUUUAUUUUAUCUCUUUUGUAUCUCAUUUGGACAAAUUUGAGUUCACAUCGUCGCCGUGCUGAUCAAUUAAGUGCUUAUUCUGUAUUUAAUCCUAAUUUUGAAAAACUUCAAGGAACAUUUUCUGCUGAAGAUUAUGAUCGUCAAUUAAGACAUGGUGGAUCACCUUUACUUUCGUCUUAA